GCAUGAUAUGCUUACGAUGAGCGUCUUCCUUCAUUUAGUGCAUCUGCGGCUUGUGAAAUCCUUGGCUCCGGUUGGCUCUCCUGCGUUGUCGGUCACGCGCUCACACGUGCACAUACGCACACUCGUAGCUGAGCAUCUCGAGAGGCAGAAGCCGCGGCAGCGGAAGCGGUUUGACAGGGAGGGCGACGGGCUUUGACUUUGGGGUGCUUAGUCACAUUUUGCUUUGACCAGAGAGGCGAGGGAUGGAGCGGGUAGAAGAGAAACACUGAGCGGGUCAGCGGGAGAAGAUACAGGAAGAAGGCAGGGGGUACCGACAUCCGGAGUAGAUGAUGCUUAUUUGCCGCAGGCCCCGCCAUCGUGAAAUUGGAUACCGACUUGCGGCGGAUGGGGUGACCGAGCUUGCUGCUCCGCCGGGGAGGUCCCUGCCUUCGGACGUUACCGGGGUGGGAGCUGCCUGUGCCCGGUUCUAAGGAAGGAAGGAGUGGCAAGAGGGAAAAUGCAGACGGAGGAGGAGACGGCCGCCGCAGAAGAGCCCAUUUUGGAGGAAGGGUCAGGACGAGAGCAGCAACGGCCAGUCCAACAGUCUCUGGCCUCCUCUCUGUGUCGGGAGUCCCAUUGGAAGUGCCUCCUCCUGACCCUGCUCAUGUACGGCUGCUUUGCCACGCUCGCUUGGUGCGCUCUCUGUCGCAUACCCGUACUGGGCUCCUCCUCCAUACCUCUUGGUGCUGACGACGAUGCCACCUCGGCGGCCUACUAUAAUGACAUCCUGCACUUGGAGAGUCCGUGCUCUAGCGGUUACGUCUACAUCCCCCUGGCCUUCCUGGCAAUGCUGUAUGUGGUUUACUUGGUGGAGUGUUGGCACUGCUUCUCCAAGACGGCAAUGUUGGCUCAUGCUGAAUUCCAAGAAGUGUAUGAGCGUGUGCAGAGACUUCAGCAGGCCACACCCUGCAUUUGGUGGAAGGCCAUCAGCUAUCACUACGUGAGGAGGACCAGACAGGUGACAAGAUACCGCAACGGAGAUGCAUAUACGACCACACAGGUCUACCAUGAGCGGGUAAACACUCAUGCCUCCAGUUCAGAGUUUGACUACGCCCGCUAUGGUGUCAAAGACGUAUCAAAGAAGCUGCUGGACCUGCAACUGCACCCUGCUGUUCGCCUCCGUUUCACCAAGUGUUUCAGCUUUUCCAGUGCACGGGCUGAAGCUGCCUACCUCACCCAGCGAGCACGCUUCUUCGGGGAGAACGAGGGGCUUGAUGACUACAUGGAGGCCAGGGAGGGAAUGCACCUGAAGAACGUGGAUUUCCGUGAACACAUCCUGGCGUUCCCAGAUCCUGCUCACCAGCCGUGGUUUUCUAGGCACAGGGUGUUCUGGCUGGCUUCCGCUUUCCUCUUGUCAUGGCCCCUGCGGGUUGUGUCAGAAUAUCGCACAGCAUAUGUCCACUACCAUGUGGAGAAGCUGUUCGGGGAGGAAGAGGAUAGUGGCGGAGGAGGUGGUGGAGGGGGAAGAGGGGAUGGGGUUGAAGGAGGGACUGAGAAUGGAAUCCACCCAGGAGGGAUUGGAAUUGGUCUAAAUGGGACAAGUUACAGAGCCAUCUCUCGGGUCAACACGGUGGACAUGACAGAACUGGAGUGGCACAUCCGCUGUAACCAACAGAUGGUCCCGAGCUACUCUGAAGCUCUCCUUAUGGACAUGGACACAAGUGGGGGGACAAACCCUACCGCCUCUACGCCCAUCUCUGGGCCUCCAUCCACCACCCCCAGCCAGGGGACCAACCCUCCUCCUCUAGCUCUGCCUGUGGUGUUCAACUCGGCUUACCUCCUCCAGAGCUGCCCGCGAUGCCGGAGGACCACGUCGAGUUCCAGUCUUCCCUCCAGGCUAAGGGCCCCGAUGGGAACCACAGCCCUCCUGAACGCUACCGUGGCAGGGAUCCGAGGAGUAGGGCAGGGAGGUGGGGGUAUAGGAGGAAGGUUGGUACUCAGUCGGAGCGGAUUCUCUCUAGGGAGACUUGGAGGAGGGCGCCAGAGCAGCCUGUUUCAUUCGAGAAGCAUGGGAGGAGGGCUGGGAGGAAGUAGGGAAGAUGGAGGAGGAGGUGGGGGAGGAGGGGGAAGUGGUGGUGGUGGAGGAGGAGGAGGAGGCGGAGGAUUCCUUGGGUUAGGUUCAAGACAGGACAACGAGGAGACCAGAGGAGUGCUAGAAGGAGAAGGGGAUGACGAUGAGGAAGAGGAGCAGCAGCAGCAGGAGGAGGAGGUGAGGAGAAGUGAAGACAGGGGAAGAGGAGGCAGAGAGAGGGAUGAAGAAGCAGAGCAAGAGAGUGGAGGGGGAAGCGAGGGCAGGGAGGGUGAAGGGGGAGGGAGGGAACGUCCUCCAUCCUACCAGGACGCAUUCUUUUUUCCUGUCCUCAUUAUACAUGGAGAGGAGAGCUGCCAUGCUGGUGACGACAUGUGACGAUCCAAAAAAAAAACACACGAAGAGCAAGAAAAUAUGGGCAGAGGCUGAAGGAGAUGAAAGAACUGAACAAAAAGAAAAGAUGGAUCAGAGAAGAAGUGGAUGAGGGAAAAUGAGAGACCUGAAGAAUGAUUGAAAUGAGAACAGAAUGAGGUUGAAAGAAAAGAGUUGGUUGGCAUUAUACCAACCACAGAGAGAGAAGGAUUCAGUCAGAACAAAGCAUAAGAGGUAAGAACAGCUGUGUGACAGACAGAAUUACCAAGGAAAGAGGGAGAGCUGGCGGACAGAUGCACUGCAUACUGUAAAGAGGCAGGAAAGAGAUGAGAACUGAUAGGGAGUGCAGCAACAAGAUAAUAUGGAGUCUGAGAAUAUGAGUGAAGGCAAGAUAAUCCUUGCAAUCACUUUGCUACUCAGAGAUUGUGAGAGAGACGGGGACAGAUCGGAUACGGAAAGACUAAAAACUUAGGAAUGUCUAUUUCCAGAUAUAUCUAUGCAAGAACAGGAGUGGGAGGAGUAACAAGUGUAAAGAUAGCAGAUUGGAGAGCAGUGGAGAGACUCCAAACCAGCUGAGUGGUAGUGGGUAUUUUUUUUCAAAAGAAACAGAAGUGGUGGAAUUGCAAAAGGGCAUUUUGAAGGCUUGAAGCCUCGGUUUUGCUAAAAUCAAAAUACAUAGAGGCGGACUAAAGAUAUGGCUCAUUUAAAGAAUGAAAUGCAGAAAGAGGAAAGAAUUCCUAAAUAUUUCAUUUGAGGGAGGAAACAGAUGAGAUCACAAAGAAUUACAAAAUACAAUGCAGAGAAGUAGAGAGAGAAACAAUGACAUGCUUUUGGUAAGGUAAAAUGUAAAACAAAAAAGGGAGGUGGGGGGCAAGACAGGAGAGUAGAAAAUCCAGUACUGGACUAUUGGAGUGUAGCACAGCAACAUUAGACAAAGAGAAGAAGUAGAUUACAAAAUGGACACAAUACUGACAAUUCAUGCAGAUUCUUAAAAGACACAAAACCAAAUUAUCAAAAAGAUCAACUCAAGGGGAGGAGAGAAAAAAGAUGCAGGACAAAACACCCUCUGAGCAGCAAUCCUGACCUUGAAUCUAAUCAGGAAAUCCAAAUAAUAUUCUAAUAGUUCCCCAAGCAACUUUUUUAAACAGGUCCCUAUGUCAAAUUAGGUCUUUCUCAGGUCUUUUAAGAUUUCCUUUACAACUUCACACAGCAUCUGGCUAGCAACCGUAAGACUAAAAGAGGAGAACCAUUGAUUUCCUCCCUGUCUCGUCAUGCUGUCUUACUCCUCACUUCACCAUUAGCUUCCCCACCACUCUAUAUCCAUUACUGAUAUGGAGCUGAUAGAAAAAACUCCAUAAAAAUAGGGAGCGAUUGCUUCCUCUACUCAGCUCUACCCUGCUCCUUUUUUCUCAUGCGCCUAUCUUCUCUCCUCCCUCCAUUUUGUCACCUCUUCGGCACUCCUUCCUUCCUCGCCCCUCUCUGCACAGAAAACCAUAAGUCACAAGUGCACCGGUGUAAUUCUAAACACAUCUGUUGCUUUUUAUAAACACGACUAGUUAGAAUACAACAUGUGCUAAUUGCAAAAAAAGAUGUUGCACCUAAGUGAAGUGAGAGGGUGUUGUACCAAAAUAGAUUCACUGCAUCCAUCAUUCACUUCCCCUCCUCUUUUCCUCUGCCACCCUCUCUCUUCUGCUCCUCCCUUUCCUCUUUUUAAAGUGGUGGUUAUGUGAUACACCUCUCUCUGCUCCUGGAAAUGCUGAGAUCAGAUUUCAUCUCAGCUCACUCACAUCUCCUCUGGGCGGAGAUUUCUCCUCUAGGAUCAGAUUUUAUAAACCAGAUAUUUCCCACUUCUUAAAUUCGCUAUUUUGUGCCUGUAUAUUUUCAAAGAAACAGAAUGAGAUUUGAACAAAUUGAUCAUUGAAUUUACCCAAUGCGAGGAGCAAAAGAUGUAGACAAAAUUGGCCUUUAAAGAUUUUGAAAAGUUGCUAACACAGAGUGUGAUUGUCACACACAGUAAGAGUAAAAUGUUGGCUAAAGUAAAAUGGCUAAUUCCCACCAGUUAUGCCUGUGUAGAUGUGCUCUAGUGUUAAACAUUUGUACCCAAAGAUAGGCUCGUGCAAUAUGAAGAAAAAAAUUACAAUAGCCAGUUAACCUUCCUCCAGUAUAAUAUACUAUAUAUCACAAUACUGUAUGUGUUUAAGCAUGAAAAAUCUCCCUUUAUCUCAUUUAUGUCCAUAAUAUUGGACUGCAUGGGAAGUAAAACUUGAGCUAUCAAGCUCAGCUGGCAUUCUCAUAAUAAAAAAAAAAAAACAUCUGAUGAGAAUUUACACUAUUAAAAUAAAACCAACAUUAUGAUCACAAUGAUCAAUAAUGCCCAGCCCUGUGAUAGAAUACGUUUGGCCAGAUUUUGCAACGCUGCUACCUCCUCCUCUUGAAGAAUCACCUGCAAAUAAGUAACAAUGCUCUCUGAAACAUUGCCUCACUAUAAAAUGUGUAAAAUUUCGCUGGCGUAGAGAUGCAUGUAACUUAAUAAUAGCUAGUGAGCAGGAGCUACUAAUAGCUAUGUAGCAAGUAUGUCUGCCAUUGCCAAAAAGCAGUGAUCCAUGAUCAAUCUACACAAAUUUAGAUAUUUUAGACACAUGUAGACAAGGGCACAGACAAGAAUCCACAGGGAUUAACUCUCUGUCCUACUUCCUGAGUUAGUAUGUUUUAAUGGAAAAUCAGUCCAAGGAGAGGCAAUUGGCACAGACAACACAACCAUCAGUGCUUUGAUGCAUAUAUUUUACAAAGCACACUAAACCUGCUACAACAGCAAGAAGCAGUUAGAGUAGUUAGAUGAACAUUUCUUAAUCUUCCCUGCAUAGUGCCCUUCAAAGGUCACUUCAGCCACUUUGUGAUGUUGGAAGGGUCUCCGUCGUUCUCUAUCUGCUUACUUUGGACAUGAUACUGCAAAGCACACUGAAAGAGUGAGAGAAAUCUCUUACAUGAGGAGUUUCCUGAAAAUAGAGCAAAAACGAUGCUUAAUCAUUUCAUAAAUGAUAGAGAUGAUGGACAUGUUAAUGAGCAUAUGCACAGGCACACAAAUAUGGAUACCGUAACAACAAACAUCCAACCUGGAUUCAGCAGAGACAGCAGGGAAUGUUCUGUCAAUGAAACUUUCUGGAAAGAUAAAGUAGAGCAUGAGUGCUGACCUGGUUUGGUGUACGGGACACAUGCACACACACACACACACACACACACACACACACACGUGCGCCCUGACACACAUUUACACUAGGGUUGCAGCGGUAUACUGCUUUCACAGUAUACCAUGGUAUGAAAAUUGACGCUUAUCGUACCAUGUACAUUUGCUUAUCUACGGUUUUGAAGAGGAAAAAAAAAGCAACCAGACGGAGAAUCUCACCUGCACGUGCACAUCUAUUUAUUUUGAAAAGGGAGACUUUUUACACAUACUUCCGUUAGAAAAAGGUUUCAAGUUUUGUCAGGACAUAAUAUUUUAUGAAAUUAUAAUAAAGCGUUUGUUCAACCAGAAAAAAACCUUCUGUUUUCAUUGUAACUGAUAAUAAUAAUUGUGUGAUACCGUGAUAUUUUCUGAGACGGUUAUCGUACCGUGAAAUCUCAUACCGUUGCAACUCUAAUUCACAUACACUGAUUCUGGCUCACGGAUCUUCUGUAGCUUUGGGGGACAUCAAGGUGAACUGGGCACGAGGAAACUAAUGGACGAAGUAAUUAAUGGAAGAAAACUGACAGAGAAAAUAAACAGCAACAAGGACAAGUGUUUCUGUUUGACUGGAGAACUGGAAAAUGACAAAGACUUGCCUAAGCAUCCACUGGAAGGAAGAAUGGGUGAAAAUGUGAGAUUAAAAGACAAUUAUUUUUACAGCUAUUUAUCAUUAUCUCAGUCUAUUGACUUGUGGAUCAAAUUGUCUUCUGUGUUCAUUUGAUUUAAUUGCAAGAUGUUGCUUUCACUAAUUCCCAAUCACUCAAUUUUGUUUAAUUGUAAUAACAUGACUUGGAAGGUUCUGUCCAGUAUGUAUUUUGGAUCAUAUAGCCAGUUAGCCACCUCAGUUUGAAAUCACAAGAAGUGAGCUCCAAUUUACAAUCUGAUUGCUUUUACAUUUCUAUCUAAAUACUUGGCCACCAAACGUGACAAAGCAAGAAAAUACAAUUCAGUCUGUAAUUUGCUACUUUUAUAUCAUCUGCAUACUUGAGUAGACAUUAUUUUGGGUUGUUUAAGUGAUGUCUAAAAUCCAAAUGCCUUUGUAAGCUUCAGAAAUGUCUCAUGUCUUAGCUGAUUUUUUAUUUUUGUAAAACAGACAAUGCUCUUGGCUUCCCAAUGAGCUUGGGUCGGUGAGCCUCCGGUUCUGAACUAUGUAGGGUUCUUGGACCCAGUUACUUGCUCGCAAGUCUAGUUUAUUUAUUUAUUUUAAAGUGUAUUUCUCUCAUGUGUGUUGUGACAGGAUAUUUAUACGGUGUUUUAUUAUCUCAGAGUGUGUCAAAAGUUUGUCCUCAGCCGCUUCCGGUGUGCCAAGAGAACUUUGUGCCCAUGAUGUCUUACACAAAUACACACACUCAUGUGCGCUUGCAUGUUUAGUCACAGCAGUAAAGCAGCCAUUAUAACAGCUUAUUUUAGAGUGACAUUAAUCCCAUAUCUAUAAUAGCCCCACACAUGCAGAGUCUUAACACAAACAUACACACACUGAAAGCAUGGAACUGUCCUGCUAUGUUGCCUUUGUGCCUGACGUUGCCAACUUUUUUGCUCAGGAUUUCAGUUAAUGCUGCAUUCCUGUGUCAGCACAAGCUCUCUUUCGCACAUAAACACCCAUUAACAUGCCAAAGCAACCCCAAAAAAAAGCAGCACAUAGAAAAUGCCUGUGCUUACACACAUGCACAUAGACAUUAGCAGCUGGUACAGGUGGCUGCACCAAGUCCACACAAAGUGCAGUAGUGUAGUCUGUGCUGGUGGACUGUGCUACAGCACCAAACAUUUACAUGAGGUGACAAAAGGGUGGAUUUACUCAGGAGCAAAAAUAAAAGAUACCUAAAGUGAUCUUUAUCUGCAGUCUUGUUUGUUACAAUUUUUUGUUAUUUAUUUUGUACAUUUACUGAAUGGCUGAGGUGCAGCUCCUGUGUAAAUCCGCCCAGAAUGUGUCAUUGUGGUAUGUUUGGUUUAACCCGGCAAGCUGGGUUUUUGUCCACUAGAUGGCAGCAAAGCCUUAUAUAUUGUGACAAUGCAGCGUUGUGUGGUACUGCAUUUAGAGGGUGAACCAACAGUGAAUCAGAGUAGAAAACAGCUGCUGUCCUGCUCUCUGUGGGUUGAGACUUAAGCGUGUUCCACAUCUGCACAUAUCCCGGUCAGUGAUGUCAAACCAGGUCAUUUGUCUUUGGCAGCUGAUAAAAAGCCCUUGCUAUGACAUUGCUGAUAGAGGUCUGGGUUAAGUUUAAGUUUAAGUUUAAACCUGCAGAGAUCAGUGCAGUCCUAUGUGAUUGUGCAUUUAUCUUCUAAGCCUCCACUGAUUUUAUUAUUUUUCUUUAACUGUGACUGAAUGUGUUGCGAAGCAAUGUUGCCCAUAUCCUUGCUUUGCUUGACUUGUAUGUGUUGCUAAGCAGCUUUCUAACUUAUAACCACAAGCAAUGGGAGCUUCAGUCAUUAAAAUGGCAGCACUGUUAGAUAAAGGCAAUGUGCAUUUUGUGACUGAGCCUCCACUUCCACUGCGUAACUCAUUGUCUGGCUGUGUUGCUCUAUAUGACACAAACUACAAAUAAAAUGACGAAGGAGGAAGGCGGUUUGGUUUGUGAUCAACAUUUUGAAAAGACCACUCUAAAACACACAUCUGUUUUCUUGUGCCCAGAAUUAGCCCACAUAUGGUUUCUUUGUUUUGCGUGAGCACAAACUUUUGGUCGUUUUCCACCUUUUUAUCAACAUCAUCACUUGAUUAUCUUAUAAACUGCUCUAGCAAUUAUGACCGAUGUAUUGUUGUCAAUACUGUUACUGUUUUACAGUUGAGUAGUCAUACCAAGUUUGUCAAACACUGUAAAAAAACAUGUUUAGAAUUGGUUUGACUUGAAAUCACAUGAAUUCCAGCUGCAUUUUCAGUUUUUUUAUUUUCAGAAACACUUGGUUAGUCUAAUGUGGAUACUACAAGCUAUCAGGUUAACAAAUAGAAAUUUGUAAUCAUUGACUGUGUUUCACACACAGUUAUUGUACCACUAUUGACAUUGGACUAUCCAAAUAAAGCCAAAUUGCAGUUUCCAAAGACCAUACUUAAUUUAGUAAAAACUGACCAUAAACAGAUUUCAGGGUAUUCUUUUGACCUCUGACCUCAGACACUUGAAUGUGAAUUUGUGUGCGUUGAUAAGUCUCCCUCAGAACUAAAAACAGCAGGCAUGAUCACUGUCUGUUAUUAUCCACAGGCACUUUUGUGCUGCUCUUUUAAUAAUGAAUAAUAGCUGUUUUCCAUUGUGCAAAAACUGUAUUGUACCUGUACUGAGCCUUGUAUAUGCGUGAUACAGUGUCACCCACACUUUGUUUUUGCACUGGAAUAUCCUCAAUGCAACAACAUGUCACCACCUUUAGGCAGUGGUCUAUUGUCCUGAACUGGACACAAUAGACAGAAAACAGCACCAAAAUGAUGACUGUAUGUAAAAACUCAAAAUUAUAUAUGACUGUCAGUAGAAACUCCUCUAUGUUUAAGGCAAUACAUUAGUGUCAGCAUAAUUAGCCUACAGAUAUUCAGUGUCUGGGUCAAGGCUAAUUUUAUGAUCAGGGUCAGAUUAUAGUUGGGGUCGAUCUAAAAAAGGUGGUCAUGAUUAGGGUUAGAGAUGCAGUAGCUGAUCAAGUAGCACCUUGCUUAAAUAUGUUGUGUCACCUGAUACUUUGAGUAACAUCAUUGGACAAUAAAACUAUAAAAAGCUACAUACAUGUAAACUUCUGACUUAGCUGCUCAAUGCAGAAAGAGCCCCUGCUCUCUCAGUUCCCACCUCAGACGAGAUGUCACAUGACUUUUCAGGAUAAUCUUUUCCUUUCUUGCAAAAAUAUUUAAUGCUGCUGGAUUACCUGUGAGCUGUCGAACAAAUGAAUUGUUAACCACAAUGUAGUUGUUAUGUACAUGCAGCCUCUAUGGAGUUAAAACAAUAAUGUCACAUACAAUGCAUUAUUGUCUUGCACAGUGAUGUGUAAAGCCUGGUAUGGGCUUUCUGUUCAAGCACCGUCAAGCAAAAUGUCCUCAGUAUUUAAGCUAAUUAAUAUGUAACUGAUAAUGAGAUUGUCACUAUCACACCAGAUUAUAGCUGUUGUCACUGGCCUGUUUAAGAUAAUGUAAUUAUUUCAUUUGAGUGGAUGAUGACAGUGAAGGUAAUGGAGCUGGUGGCAAUAACACUGUUAACCGAUGCGAUCCUGGCGAUGAUGAUGACAAUUAAUUAUCAUGGAAGAUACAAAUAAAAGUCAAUCUGCUUGGUAUACCA